AUGGAUGUUAUAUGGAAAACUAUCGCUAGAAAAUAUCCGAAAUUGCGUUUCGACGAUAGGUUCAUGUCGGGAUGUUUGCAUGGGCUUAUUCAAGCAGACUUGAGCAAAUUUGGUUGUGUUUCGGAUGAACUAGCUCUUCAAGUGCGGGCCAUUGCUAUGGUCUGUGUCCAAGCAGUGUGUAAAACAGAUAAAGCACUUUGGCCACCUUCAAGCCUUCACUUAGCUGCCUACUAUGAUUCUGUGGAGAUUCUUGAAAUUCUGCUCGAAGUAUUCGAUUAUGAAGAAGCCAUGACUUUGGAUGGAUCACCCGCACAGUUUGCCGCAAUGAAAGGACAUCUGCGAGCAUUGGCUGUACUUUAUCGCAAUGUCGAUAUUAGUAUUUAUUGCUGCAUUGGAGGAUUUAAUGCAUACGAAUUUCUUAAAAGUUUUGCAAAGCGCGAGGAAAGCGAGAAAUUACCCUGCUUAUCACGAAUUUAUGCUUGUGGUGACAACAAUACUCUGUCUUUGGGUAUUAUAUAUGGAAAGCAUACCAAAUAUCCUGUUCCUGUGCAGUUUUUUGAUGAGCUCAGCUUUGGAAAAGAAGUUACACAGGUUGCUUUUGGGAAAUAUCAUACCAUUUACUUGAUUGAUGGACAAGCAUAUUCAUGUGGUUUAGGAAGAUAUGGCAAAUUGGGUCAUGGAGACGAAAAAGAUCAAUUGAAAAUACGGCGAAUAAAAUUUUUGGAGCCAGUUGUUUGUGUCUGUGCUGGACUGACACAUUCCAUCAUAUGUACUCAUGAAAAGGUUGUAGUAUUCGGACUGAACGAUAAAGGACAACUAGGGAUGGGAACAAAACAGCUUGUUUUAACUCCAACAGUCGCUAAAUUUUUUAAAGAACAUCCAUUUUACAUCAUUAACUGUUCAACAGCUGAAUCAUGCUCGGUGAUCGUCAUGAGUAAUUUCGAUUUCUACGUCACUGGGACGUCGAAUGGUUUUUUAUGGCAGAGAUAUUCAGGCAAUACAUUUAAACAUGUUCGAAAUAAUUACGCUCACCGAACAUCAUCUAUUUCAGUCACAGAUUCAUCUGUGGUGCGUAUCUACUCUAAGGAGGACUCAUCGAAGAUAACGAUCAAUGUUGAUAGUAAAAACUAUUACAUCACUAGUUCUAUACAUAUUACUCGAUGCGUUGGAAUUUAUUAUACCCCAAAGUUGGGUGCUGUAUUUUUUGGUUUCAAGUAUUUUUAUGAAAACCGUCAUCAUGCGAUAACAUCAGGAAUAUUCAUAUUCGAUUCAGAAUGUCAUAGUCUACUUCGACCCGUAUACUUCUAUAGCACUUUAAUGAAAAGAAGCAUAAUUGAGGUGGCAAGUGCAGAUGUUACUCGAGAUGGACAGAUAAUUAUUGUUGACUACAUGGGCGAUGUUUACGAGGGAAAUUUGGCAAAUUAUACGCUUUGUUCGGACGCAUAUUUCUGCAACAGUGACGGCGCUUGUUUGUGGACAACUAAUGAUCACAUGGUAAAGGUACAGGUAAAUCGAUUGCGUGGGAUUUUGCGUGCAAAAAGUGCUUUUAUAACACCGGAUGGAAGAAACAAAGUAUUAAAUCUGCUGGAGAUCGAUCCACGAUCAGUUCUUCAUUAUACGGAAGAUGUAUCUGAAGUAGAACUUCCAAGUUUCAAUACAGCUGUAGUCAUAUGUGUGGAUGAAAACGGUGAUGAAUUGGGACGCUAUGAAACUUCUUUGGAAAUGCUUAAACAUGAGAGCGAUGUCUGCUUAUCAUAUUUCGAAAGGUGGGCAGGGGAUCAAAAGAAUGAAAUUCGAAUUACGGCGAAGCCGGAGAUGCUUGAGAUGUUCCUGUCUUUUUGUUGCGACCAUUGUUUACGUCCAAAUUUGAGCAUGCAAGAAUUAAUAGAGUUAUUAAUAUUUGCGGACAAGCUGAUAUGCAAAGGCUUCUCGAAUGCAAUCACAAAAGAAUUGUUCAGACCACCAUUUGAAAUAUCGAAUUUGCGGGAGCUUUUUGCUUUGGCUCGUUAUCUGUCAUCUAUGGAACUGUAUAAAAGUUUGAGUGAACUUUGCGCAGCAAUAUUUCCAACAAUUCUGGAAAAUGGAUUUGUUAAUGAAUUAUCGCUCGAUGAAAUUGCAUAUAUUGAAGACGCUUUUCGCUCAUAUGCUUUGAAAAAUAUAGUCCAGACGAUGGAUAAAUUUGAAUCAAAGAUAAAAAGACUGGUGAUUCCAAAACAAACUGUCGAGAAUAUCAUCAUGGAUGUAAUGACAGUUGUAAAAGAACCGAUGAAUAUUAAGAAAUUGAUAGAUUUCUGCAAGACUAUAAAGAAUGAUUCACUUCCGAAGAAAAAACGCAAAAAUAUGGGAUCAUCAGGGAGUGCAACGGUCGAUCUGCAGACAAUGAGAAACUAUGGGUCGCGGAGGGAUUUCUCUACUAACAAGAAAAAUGAUGUUGAUUGCGUUAAGAUGGCAGAUUUCCUCAGCAAGGCUGCAUUUAAACCCAUGGACGUCAAGAAAAAGCAUCCUUCGCUAUCAAACAUCCAGAUUGCAACUGCGACAAAUGAAUUUUGUGAAAAGAACGUUGAGUCGGAAGGAAGGAUACACAUGUCAACUUCGUCACCAAAAAAUAUAGGAAUUGAUAGCGUCAGUUUCAACGAAAAAGCCCAUUUGUCAAAUGUUCAUAAAGAAGGAACAUUGAAGCGAGACUGUAGUACUCCUAAAACGCAUCUGCUUGCUUCUCUUUCGGAUACUGCGGCUGGGGGAGAAGAAAAAACUGAUAAAAUAAAGCAUGAAGAAAAGAAGGAUCAUCGUAUUUCACUAUGCAAUACAUCAGAAAAUACAUGUGGACCUCAGCGAGGAACUUCGAAUUCUUGGCAUCUGGAUGACUCUGUGACAUGUGGGAAUUCAUUUGCACAAAUAAUGGAAGAUGAGCAGGCUCGGCAAUUAGAAACAAUGCGACAGACAUGCUUUCGUCUUUCCGAUAUAAACAUGGAAGAGCAAGCAAUGACUGAGUUAGCGGCGCAGUACGAAGACGAAGCUGCGAUGCAAGGUGUUUCAAUCACGGUUUGUACAGAACGUGAUGUUGAAGAAGUAAAUGAUCCGCUCUGGGCUGCAAGGUCGUGA